AUGUCUGGAAAGGUAACAAUGUUUAACCCAACUUUUCCAUUUGCUGCUGAAACAAGCACAGACAAGGUGAAGAAAGCUGUUGUUGACCUUCAAAAGGCCUUCUCUGUCAUAGUUGAUGAGGCCAACUACUAUACGAAAUCGGUAGCUGACUGGAAUGAUCCUCUUGUGCAAUUUGGCAUUGGUUUGUGCACCAAGUACAAAAACGACCUGGAAUUCCAUACUACCAUGACUUUCCCCGCCUCUCUAAACGGGUACUACGACAAAGACAGCGACUAUUUACACCAAAGAGCCACCCCCUACGUGUUCAACUCGUUUCCAACAAACUUCCCCGAGCUUCCCGCCUCUGCUUUUUCGUAUGAUACUGUUAAUGAUUACUUGAAGUUUGAACAGAGAUGUGGCAUUGGUGAAGCACUAUUUAGGUACCUAAUCGAAACAGCAAUUUAUAGAAACGACAACAACUACUCGUCAAAAAUGGCCACCUUGAUCAUAUCGCAGAUUCUCAAUGAAGCCUCCUUGAAGAUGCUGUGCCACGCGUACAACAUAGAGUUCAACUAUAAGUUAUAUGCCUUUCACGAACCACACAAGUUGUUUCUUGCCUAUCUGGGGACGUACUAUGAAUGUCAGCUGAGAGGAGGUAGUGGCCCCAACGAGUUAUAUCAAUGGUGUCGCCAGUUGCUUGGUUACAGAGAUUUUGCGCCAUCCCAACAUCCACUUACAUCCUCAUCUACACCCCCUUUGAACACCUCGCCCGCUACCGUAAAUACCCACUCACAGCAUACCAUGGGAACCAGUGGUCAGGCAGAGGAGAACCCAGCAAAGCAACAACCUAUUCUGACUGGUGAAGUAGAGGAGACAGAGAAGGCACAGCACUUGGAUAAUUUGGACGGUGAGUUGCAGAUACAGGAUUAUUUGCAGUCCGUCCAGCAAGAUCUAAAUACAAUGGUGAAAGGAUCGACAGACGUUCAGUACGAAGUCUCCGAAUAUCCAGACCUGAAGACGGGGUUCUUCAAAUGCACGUUGAAAAUCAACGGGGCCAAGAUAUCGGAAUCACUUGCACAUAGCAAGAAACUUGCCAAAUCCGGAGCUGCAUUGGAGGCCUCAACAGACGUCAAUACUAAACAGUACAUAAGGCGGGCAUACUAUGAUCAAUGGUUCAGGAAAUACAUUGACCAUGCAGCUGCAAUUAGAAAGAAGCUAACCAAUGACGCUAGAUUUGCAGGGUCGGACUCGAUCCCGGAACAGAAAAACGAACAUGGAUGUGUAGCCAACGAUGACGGUGGGCUGACACUUGAAGGAGGAGAAGGUACAGACAAGGUCCAGUUGCCUUUACUUCAGGCAAGAAACAAACUAUAUGCGUAUUAUCAUUCCAAACAUGGAGUCACGCCUAAGUAUGAGAUCAAUCAGAUGGGCGAACAGUCUUUCAGGGCAGACUUGUUUAUCGGCGACAAACUACGAGCCACUGCUACAGGUGUCAGUAAAAAAGAAGCUAGUGCAAAGGCUGCGAUGCAAAUAAUCGAAGCCGAAAGUAUCAGAUAG